AUGGAUCCGAAGCUGGUGGAGGUGACGCAGCUGUUCGACCGCUUCAAGGCGGCCUUCAAGGCCAGCAAUUUCGACGUCUGCUCGACCCUCCUCUCGCAGCUCAAGGUCCUCCUCACCAAGUUCCCCAGCGUACCCCCGCUGUUCCAGCAGACGCCCAACGCCGUGGAGGAGCUCAAGCUUGCGAGGGAAAUUUAUGAGCAGGCAGUUAUUUUGAGUGUGAAAAUGGAAGACCAAGAUGCAUUUGAAAGGGACUUCUGCCAGCUCAAGCCGUAUUACAUGGACACAUGUGGCAUAAUUCCUCCAUCAUCGGAGGAGUACCCAAUCAUGGGGGCUAACCUUCUGAGGCUGUUAGUCCAGAAUAGAAUUGCGGAGUUCCACACUGAGCUGGAGCUUCUUCCCGCCAAAGCGCUGGAUAAUGCUUACAUCAAGCACGGGGUUGAGCUCGAGCAGUCCUUUAUGGAGGGCGCAUACAACCGCGUGCUGAGCGCUCGACAAACCGCGCCUCAUGAAACCUACAUAUACUUCAUGGACCUUCUCGUCAAAACGGUUAGAGACGAGAUAGCUGGGUGCAGCGAGAAGGGAUAUGAUUACCUGUCAAUAAACGACGCGAAGCAGAUGUUUAAGUUCAGCUCCGACAAGGAACUGGAACAGUACAUCGCAGAGGAACACCCCGAGUGGGAUGUCAAGGAUGGCCGGGUCUUGUUCCAGAAGGUGAAGGAGUCGCAGCCCUGCAAGGAGAUCCCGGCGGCGCCGGUCAUCAACCAGACCCUCGGCUACGCGAGGGAGCUGGAGAGGAUUGUGUGA